GUGGCAGAGUGGCAAGAGACUAUCCAGAUGUUUAAAGGCCAUGUGGAAAAUUCCAGCACUUGGAGCAUGGAGAUGCAGACGUUGACUUGUAGAAUGGACAAUGUCAGUUCUCAGAUCCAGGUGCUCCGUGGUCAUCUGGAAAAUGCCAAUGCUGACAUCCAGAUGGUAAAAGGCGUUCUACAGGAUGCCAAUACCUUGAGUUUCCAGACCCAAAUGUUAAGGAGUUCCAUGGAAGGUGCCAGUGCUGAGAUCCGGAAGCUGAAAGGAGAUCUGGAAAAGGCAAAUGCUUUAAAUUCCCAGACCCACAGUUUCUUAAGAAACAGUUUAGAAAAUGCCAGCAGUGAUCUCCACAUGUUGAAUGGAGGCUUAGAAAAUGCCAACACUGAAAUUCAGAUACUGAAGGCAGGGUUGGAAAUGGCAAACACCCAGGCCCAGUUGGCAAACAGUAGCUUAAAGAAUGCUAAUGCUCAGAUCCAUGUUUUGAGAGGCCAACUGGAUAGUGUCCAUGAUUUAAGGGCCCAGAAUCAGGUUUUAAGAAGCAAUUUGGAAGGAGCCAAUGCUGAGAUCCAGAGGGUAAAGGGAAGCCUGCAAAAUAUAAAUGCUUUAAACUCCCAGACCCAGACUUUUCUGAAAGGCCAUUUAGACAACACCAGCGCUGAGAUCCAGUUAUUAAGAGGCCAUUUCAAAAGGGCUGGUGAUGAGAUUAAUUUGUUAAAAAGAGAUUUAGAAACUGUCACUGCCCAGACCCAAGAAGCAAGCCACCAUCUGGAGCAGGCAGAUGCUCAGAUCCAGUUAUUAAAAACAAAGCUAGAAAAUGUCAAUGCCUUAGAUUCCAAGAUUCAGGUGUUAAAUGGUUAUUUGAAAAAUGCCAGCAGGGAGAUACAGACCCUAAAACAAGGAAUGAAGGCUGCUGCAGCAGCCUUAGAUUCCAAGAGCCAAGUGUUAGAGAGCAAUCUGCAGAAGGCCAGUGCUGAGAUCCAGAGGUUAAAAGGGGAUCUACAGAACACCAAAACACUAACUACAAGAAUCCAGGAGGAGCAGAGUCACCUGGAGACACUCUGUGUGGCCUUUGGCUCCCAGGAGCAGCUACAGAAGACACAAAAUCAACUUCUUCAGCUGAUCCUGCAAGGCUGGAAUGCCUACAGCGGGAGCUUGUAUUACUUUUCUCACGUCAAGAAGUCUUGGCAUGAGGCUGAGCAGUUCUGUGUGUCCCAGGGAGCCCACCUGGCCUCGGUGACUUCUGAGGAGGAGCAGGCAUUUCUUGUAAAGUUCACGAGUACCUCCUACCACUGGAUUGGCCUCACUGACAGGGGCAAGGAGGGCUUCUGGCGCUGGGUGGAUGGGACACCAUUCAAUGCUUUCCGGAGCAGAGCGAUAGAUUCCUAGAUGUGGAAGUCCUGAGUCACAGGCUCCCCCAAGUAUGAAAAGU